GUUAUACACUUGUUUUUUUGUUUGUUUGUUUGUUUGUUUUCCCCCUCUCUCUUAGCUUUUCUGUAUCUGCUAUUACAAAACACGAAAGCCGAUCUUGUUUUAUGAGUAUUUUAUACCGUAAAUAUGUAGCGAGUGUUUUAAAAGAAAGAUAGAGGGGUGCCUAAAAUGGGACAGGCCUCGCGAGACCCUGGGAUUGAGAUGCGGAUGGAUUGAGAUUGGAUCAGGUGGACUCAGAGUGCAGUCUGGCAUCCCUUUAAGGGAAUCUGGUGGCAGGGAGAGCCUGCUCAUUUCCACAAAAAUCAUAUGCUGCCAUUUCAGUUUUGAGUUUUUCAUUUUUGGAUUUUAUAGCACUUUUGGCUUGCAUUAAGGCCUCAUUUACACGUGAUCACUUCAUAAAUUCGGGUGCAGGGCCAGAUCAAAAGGUUCCCUUCACCUUUCGCGAGAUACAAAUUGAGUAAAUGACGAGACAGAUCAAAUGACAAGGAAAAGAAGCCAGUUUUGACGAAGCAGAAAUGAACCAAAGGACGCGCGUGUGCUAGAUGACACUGUGAGGGUAACAACAAAAGAUGGCAUGUUGCACGUUGGACUAAAAUAGUACAUUUGUUUUGGUGACUUCAUGCACAGCCUGGAAGAGAAAAUAUCCGCUAGCGUAAGCCAGAAUGGAUCAUUUCGCUUGGAGUGCGCUGUUGUGCUCUUAGCCAAUAGAGGCUGAGCAGGCAGGAAGGGGAGCAGGUGGGAGUGGUGGGUGGGGGGUUGGGGGGAUAUUUGGCGGGCAGUGAGUGGGAAGAAAUAGCAGAAGCAAAGCUGGAGUUGUCUAAUGAGUGCACACGCAAAGGAGUGUGAACCUUUCCCACCAAAGACGGGCUCUCUCUCCACCUGUGUGACCAAAAAAGGGCUUCCCGUCCACUGCCAUGAGAGCUCCACCUAGUCUUGGCAGAGCUGUCCCUUGGGGACCCGCAUGAUGUCCCCUGACCCUGUAGCGGAGCACCAACGACGCCUCUGAAGAUCCCACUCGUAACACGCCGUGAGAAUGAUGCUCCUUCAGCCUCCUUGGCCCCGCCUCGCCAUCUUUGCCGGACUGCUGCUGGUCACCCGUUGGGCACCCCCGGGGGUCCGCUGCCAGAAUGACACGGAGCCGAUCGUGCUGGAGGGCAAAUGUCUGGUGGUGUGCGACUCCACCCCCUCCGCCGAGCCGUCGGGAAACUCGCUGGGAAUGUCGGUGAGGUCGGGAACGGGCAGGGUGGCGUUCUCGGCCAUCCGCAACACCAACCACGAGCCCUCAGAGAUGAGCAACCACACCAUGACCAUCUACUUUGACCAGAUCUUGGUGAAUGUCGGUAGCCAUUUUGAUCCCGCCAGGAGCUUCUUUGUGGCGCCGAGAAAGGGAGUCUACAGUUUCAACUUCCACGUGGUCAAAGUCUACAACAGGCAGACAAUACAGGUGAGUCUGGUUCUCAACGGCUGGCCGGUGAUCUCGGCCUUCGCGGGCGACCAGGAUGUGACCAGGGAAGCUGCCACCAACGCUGGCCUGGUGAUGAUGGAAAGGGGGGACAAGGCGUACCUCAAACUGGAGCGGGGCAACCUGAUGGGAGGGUGGAAGUAUUCCACUUUCUCCGGAUUUCUGGUCUUCCCCUUAUAAGGCUGCGGGCAGGUGGAGGUUUGUGGAGAGACCUCGGCUUUAUCGUAGCUACGAAACAUUCUAAUGGGGGCGGUCUGCUGGGGAUGUCAAAGACUUGAAAGCUCGUCGGCUACAUUUCUCUUGCACCAAAAUAAUCCUGAAUAUAUGUUCCGUUUCCUCUGCACUUUGAUGGCUAACCCUUGAUUGUAACCUGAAGUCUGCUUGCUCGCACCAUGAGGCUUGAUCUUUCCCUGAAAGCAUGAAUCGAUUUGUGUAUUUCUAUCUUUAGCUAGCUAUCUCCAGUUUGUCAUCCAGCUCAAGCGAACCCGUGAAAAUUUCUGUUGAGGCGAGCAUUCAGAAUAGCUAGCUAUUACUGUAUUAUCUAUCUAUCACUUUCAAUAUACUGUAUCACACGUUGAAUGUACCGUUUGUGCUCGCGCAAACGAGUGAACAUCGAAUUCCUCGGGCUGAUAAACUUCACCUGGUCAAAAGCG